AUGGCCCUGAAAUUUGGUGGCAAGUCAAAGUUUGCUAUGGAAGAUGACGAGGGCAUCAACCUGUCCUGGAGUGCUAAUGUCCCAAUCACAGUGCAGUCAUUAUCGUUGUUGGCCUUGAAGGCAUUCUGCAUCGAGGAGCAUGUUGAGAGGAGGUGCGCUGGACUGGGACGAAGGCUGAGGGCUGCUGCUCUGCAUGUUCUGUCCUGUGAGCAUGGAGUACUAAGGAGUAAAUUCCUCAUCUAUGCCUGUCUCCUGCUGUUCUCUGUGCUGCUGGCCCUUCGUCUGGAUGGCAUCAUUCAGUGGAGUUACUGGGCUGUCUUUGCUCCAAUAUGGCUGUGGAAGUUGAUGGUUAUUGUUGGAGCCUCAGUUGGAACUGGAGUCUGGGCACGAAAUCCCCAAUAUCGAGCAGAAGGAGAAACGUGUGUGGAGUUUAAAGCCAUGUUAAUUGCAGUGGGCAUCCACUUGCUCCUGUUGAUGUUUGAAGUUCUGGUCUGUGACAGGAUUGAAAGAGGAAGCCAUUUCUGGCUUCUGGUCUUCAUGCCGCUGUUCUUUGUCUCCCCGGUGUCCGUUGCAGCUUGUGUUUGGGGCUUUCGACAUGACAGGUCACUAGAGUUAGAAAUACUGUGUUCUGUCAACAUCCUGCAGUUUAUAUUCAUUGCCUUAAGACUGGACAAGAUCAUCCACUGGCCCUGGCUUAAAACUUGGAAAAGACAGACAGCUUAGGUAAUCGAAUGAUAAUGACCCGUAACCCACUGGGAGAGAGCAUGGCCAGUGUCCCGGGUUUCCUGUGCCGGAUGUUACCGCUUCGUGAAGGCAGCUGAGCCUGUGCGGCGCACACGGUUUUGUGCACUGCGCUCUCAUCCUAACGCAUCAUGAGCAUUUUCCCCUGGCAAUAAAAGGUGUUUAUAAACAUAAUUUUUAAAGUUUAAUUGAUGCAGUAUUCUUCAAAUGCAUUUACCAAACAUCCCCUUCCGAAUAUUGAAGUUGAUACCAGUGUGAUUAUAAAUCAUGAUGUAACAUAUAUUUUUGUGCCUAAAAAUCUUCCCCUGAUUCUUUUCAUUAUUUUCUUAGGAAGGACUCCAGAGACAGUAUUACUGGGCCAGAGGGUGGGAACUUGAGAUUUUGGAAGACAGGCUGCACCCCCGACUUGCUUUUCAAAAAAGUUGUGCCACUGGACACUCCUGCUCAGAACCUGUGGCUUCAGGUUCCUGGGUGUUUGGUUGAAAUUGUGUAGAUGGAUAGAAGGGGGUGGGAACGGGGGUGGAUAUGGGUACGUACACAUGUCAUUAUAUAUUCAUAGCAAGCUACAGAUAAGCCAGUAGGACUUGGACUUCCUGCUAUGAAUGCCUAGAAGGCAGGUGAGAACCGACAGAGAGGAGGCACGUGGCCUCUGGGAGGUGAGGUCGUGCUGGGGUUUUGGGUCCCCACUCCCACUGCUGCUUGAUGUGUCCUUUUGCACAUAAGACAUUUUCUGUUAUGAACAUGGUUUACCUUAAAAAAAAAAAGUACCAAGUAUAGCAAAAAGAGAAAAUAUUCAUUUGGUGGCAGGGAAGAAAAUAAGGGAACAUAGUCACCUCCAUAAUGAAUAAAGGCAGAACUCAUCAUCUCUGCCCAAAGUCUUUGAUAAAACAGUCAUAAUACAAAAUGUUCGGGUACCUGUCCUCCAUCUUUAGGGUGGUAUAUCUGGAGAAAGGUAAUUGGGUUCAGGAUUUUCUGUUGUGAUAUGGAGGAAAGAAAUCUAAGUAAGACCAACAUUUUAGUAUAAGGUGCAAUCAGAAAAAAAAAAGAUGAAUUAGAAAUGUUUUUUGUAGGUGAGCGGAGAGGUUUUUCCAGCCCCAGUCAGCAGAUGGAACAGUCUGAUGGCAUGCUUCUCACAGUGAUCAGGAGAGACCGAGGGAAGCUGCUAUGAUCACUAUGA